AUGGAACUGCAUCAAAUUAUUGCAAGACUUGGCUUAAGCCAUAAAGAGACUUGUGAAGUUGGCAGACCAAGCCUGAAUCCUCCACUUGAUAUCCAAGUGAGGGACUACGUCCGACACCGCCUUCCUCCUCCUCCGGCGGUCACCGCCACCGGCGCCCCGACGGCGUACGAGAUGCUGGAGAGCUUUCACUUUCCGGCAGGCAUUCUCCCGAAAAGAGUGACCGGCUACGAGCUGGACCCGUCCAGCGGAAAAUUCCACGCCGAUCUGAACGGUUCGUGCAGUUUCUCCCUCGAAGGUUCGUACCAGCUGAGUUACCAGAAAAUCAUCACCGUCUACGUAUCCGACGGCAGGCUCACCGAACUCCGGGGGAUUAGCGUGAAGAUCCUCUUCUUCUGGCUCAGCAUUCUCGACGUCGUUCGUUUCGGCGAUGAUCUCGAUUUCUCCGUCGGCGUCGCCUCCGCUUCCUUUCCCCUCGAUAACUUCUUCGUCUCCCCGCAGUGCGGUAGCGGCUUGGAUUGCGAUGGUUUUCGAAUUAGGAAACUCAAAUUGAGAAACGGAAAACCCUCCCUUUCCUCCGUUUAGAAAUUCAAUUCAAUCCAAUUCUCCUUUAUUUAACUAUGAUUAUUUGUGGACGCUUGUGUUGUAUGUUGUAUGAUAUCUCUUGUUAGAUGUUGAUUUUGUAUUUUUAAAUUAUUUUUAUUUUCUUCA